UAAAAAAAAAGCUGUCAGUGUCACAUGUUCCCGUGGAUUGUUUUGGUUCCUUAAUUUCACUUUUUUUUUAAAUUUGAUAUAAAAACUUUAUAUUGCAGUUAAUUACAUAAGCGGAUAUUUUAUUCUAAUAAGCAAAAAGUAAACAAUGGAGAGACGUCCCAGAUUUGCACCCAAUAUAUUAAUUACAGGAACACCAGGAGUUGGUAAAUCAACAAUUUGCAAGAUACUGUCUGAGCGAACAAAGUACACUUGGAGAGAAGUAUCAAAACUUGCUGAAGAAUUUAAUUGUUUAGAUGAAUAUGAUCCUGAAUAUCACUGUCCAGUGUUAAAUGAUGACAAGAUGCUGGACAUAAUGGAAAGUAUGAUGGAAAAAGGUGGGAACAUAGUUGACUACCAUGGCAGUGAAUUUUUUCCUGAGCGCUGGUUUGAUGGUGUUUUUGUAAUAAGAACAAAUAAUACCAUACUGUAUGACAGACUAGUAGCAAGGGGUUACUCGGGAAAGAAAUUAGAAGACAACAUUCAGUGCGAGAUAUUUGAAGUAUUGUUAGAAGAAGCUCAAAAUUCAUACAAAGCAGAUAUUGUUAGGGAACUUCAGAACAACACACAGGAACAACUUCUUGCUAAUGUUGAAAAUAUUAUAGAGUGGAUAGAAAAAUGGAAGGAAGAUAAUCUGUAACAAUCUGCAUGGACUUUGUCAAUGUACUCUGGUGAUACCAUUCUGAUAUUCAUUUGUAAUAAGUGGCUUUCUGGCUUUUGAGGUGUACAUAUUGUGUCCUAAUUUUUAUUCUGGGCUUCCAAUGUCACCACUCUGACUUUUUGAAGAGAGAAUUUAUCAUUUGAACACUCAUGUGUUUACACAAAAACUGCAUUGUUGCAUUAAGAAAUCUAGAUAUAAGUUGUAAAAUAAAUUACAAACCAUUCAUGUUUAUUUUAUUAAAGGCAUAUUGCAUUGAGUUAAAAUGCUCACUCGGUGAACUCAGGAUCAGGUAUAAAUUAAAAUAACAGGUUUAUAAAUAUUUACUAAUUUAUUUUAUUAUAUCCCACUGACAAAUAUAAGAAAUGCAUUUAAUAUUACUGUAUUUAGAAUUAUCUGAUAGAUUGUUCUCAUUUGUUUCAAACAGAUGCAUUUGUGCCCCCGCUAUUUAAUAUUAAAAACUACCUCAAUAAUGGUAUAAAAUUAUUCGAGACAAUUGUAAAGUGUUGCCUAUCUCAAUAUUCAAUUAUAUUCAAUAUUAAACAUAGCAUAAAAAAGUGUUGCUACUUUUUAAACUGUGAUCUGUAAAAAUUAUCAAUCUGUAUCAUCAAAUCAAAACAAAUGAGUUAUCUAUCAUCAUUUGCAGGCACUCGCACACAUUACAAUCACUCACAGAUCUUUCAUAGAAAGUUUCACA